AUGUUUUUGCUUUCACUUGAAGUUAUAAAAUUGUUUAGGACUUCGAUCUUCAAACUUGACAUUAUGAAAUGUCAGAAAUUGCGCCAAAACAGCUAAAUGGUAAUCUGUCAAACUGAAGUUUUGUUUUGUUUAUAUGUUUGAACUUGAAAAAUGAACACCACGGCUGAACAACAAUCACAAAUAGGUGAUGAAGAGAUCGAAGGGCUGGUUAGAUCAUUUUCACAAUACCGUGAAGUAAAUUCUCAGGCAGUUUUCGAUCCAGAAAGUCAAAGUUUUGUUAUUGAAAGUCAAAUAGAUGAAUCGGAGGCGCCUGUAAAAUUGGAUUAUCAGGCGGAGUUUUUGAAGUGCAUGGGACUCAAUGAAACCGAUAUUGAACAAUAUACAUCCAAAGCAAAGUUGAAUCACGAAGUGAGCACCCAACACGAGCUAAAUUCACAGACAGAUGCAGAGGCUAACAUCAGAACGUUCAUGACUGGAAACCCAUAUUGGAAUCAGAAUAUAACAGCUAAACCUCUAGAUUUGGCAGCGUUUUUGGAGAAUCGUGAAUAUUUUGUGGCGAUAAAAACCGGUACAAAUAAUGAGCCAAUCCAACCGGUAGGUGUUAGUGGUGGUGAAACAGUAAGAGGGAACAAUAAUCGUCAUUGUCGAAUUUUCACACUGGGUCCGUUGCCUCUGGACAUAGAAGACAUACUCAAAAUAGUAAUCGAUUGCGAUGAAGCUCAAGUUUGGCGGAGCUAUCAGAAGAUCUACGGCCAGAAUUUCAAAAUGGUGAUGCUUUAUGGACGGUGCAAGCCAUUCGGUGGUAGUAUCAACUCACAAAAGGGACGAAAUGUUAAACUGUACGAAGUUGAUGAUGGCAGCGGAAUGGUUGUUGUACAUUUUCCACAUUAUGACAGCAAAUAUUCGGCUCUAACUGAUGGAAUAAACCGUAUGCUUGAGGAAUACGCUUUGGUCCAAAGAGAAGGGAUUGCAUUUUUGGGGACGUCGCACUAUGGACCAAGAACAGCAAGAUGCAAGAAAAUGCUAAGCAAUUUGAACAUCAUACUUAAUAUGAUAAGGCAAAAUGGUUCCAUCAAGCAAGAAUUUUUCACCCAUGGCUGCAAAGUGUGCGUGAUUGGCCGUGUGUUUAGGCACAGUGAUGGUACAAAUCAUGUGUUUGCAUAUGACAUGAUAGAAGAUGCGGGCAUGAAUCGUGAUUUUGAAAUCAAAUUCAAGUUGCAUUUGUUGGAUGUGUACAAAACCAAAUAUUUGAAGUACCAAAUUACUGGCGAGCCACUGGAAACAACAAGAGCGCGCUCAAACAAUUUCUAGACGAAUGAAAAUAGUUUUGAAUUUUUAUGGGUCUUUCAUGUCAGGGAAAUCACUUCACUCUUAUAAUUUACAAUUAUUAUGGAUCGUUAUGAAAACUUAAUGAUGCUAUUUUUCAUUAAUUCCCCAUAACAUUUCAUCCAUUGAAUGAUGAUCAUUCCAUAUUUUUGCACCAAAAAUAAAGUGAUUUCGCCGAAUGUUGUAUUCAAAUGAUGAUCCAGAAAAUUGACAUGCAAGCUAUUUGGUUUCUUUGUUCCAUGUUCGAUUUUUCAAACUCCUAUUUAAUAACAUUACACUUGACGUACAUUUUUCAUUUUACCCUAGUCUUACACCAUAAACCGCUUAGCUUAUAUAUUAAUAAAUUUAUAGACAUAUUUUUUACAAACAGGUUUACUUAACGCUAGAUUUUUUGUUGAUAAAUAAAAGCUAUUUGUAUUCACAA